AUGCUCCGCCGCAUAGUAUCGUCGAGAAAUAUUCCGACCGAGUUCGAUCAGCCCGACGUGCACAUGUCGCCUUCCCCAGGAGAUGCUCCGUCGUCGCCAGAUUCGAGUCGCCCCGGCGGCCUGGCGAGCGUCUUCAAGGGUCUGACGGGUGCUAAGUUGACCAAAUCUCCUCCGCCGAGCCUAAAGUCUACCUCCUCUAUCCUUUCGCCGAUAGCUGCCAACGUGAACGCUACACGUACGACCUUGCGUCUUUCGCCGAACCACAUGGAAUCGUUCGAGUUAUUGAGGGCUGGGAAUGGAACCGCGAGCGAUCGAAUUGCCGCCGCGAACUCCCUCCGAUAUGCCGUCUCCGAGUAUCCUCUCAACCCCGUACAGGACAUAUGGUAUGCGGCAAAGGAUAUGAUCGAUGCGACGAAGCCAGAAGCUGAACGUGUGGCUGGUUGGGAACUUCUUUCGGAAUGCGUCAAACACAAAGAAGCGUCGGAUCUCGAUCGCAAGGAGUACUUCCAGACUCUGACGGCUCCUGCAAAUCCCGAAGACUUCCAUCUGCAACUUGCUGCUGUCGUGGAUCUAUCGAAACAUGGAAGACAAUUGAAUGGGUUCGAUUACGACGUGAUCCCUUUGCUGCGCAAGUGGCUUUGCGAAGCAUACCAGGCCGUCAAAGUCGCAAGAAAGCAGGCUAGCCGGGAUGCGAAGAAGAAUGCCUCGAAAGCCAAAACCUCGGCUGCCGGAGAGGAGGAAAAUCUCAACCAGUUGUUCAUUUUCAUCAGCGAGGUCAUCAAAUUUGGCUCCAACGUGGCCGAUGAAUCCGCAAUGUCCGGCCUGAUGAAAGCGCUCGUCGGUAUUUGUCUCAGCACUACCAUCGAAGCGGACUUACGGGCCUCCAUCAGCGUCAUCGAUACCAUUGUGACAUUCGGCACCCUGCCCGCGGAAAGCUUCAAGGAGUGUGUUCUUGUGCUUGGCUCGAUCUUCUGCCUGGUGCCGAACCUUUCCAAAAUCGCAUGGCAUACGAUAUCCCUCUUACUGAAAUCGCACAACGGCCCCGCGGCGGUAAGGGUCCUCGUCGACUUGUUGCGACAUCUUCCCCGUGACGGAGCCAGUAAAGGAAAAGAUACGAGGGACAUCCGUGGCGUGCUGGCUGUCCUGGAGAAGCUGCUGACAAAAAGCAUGGAAAAGGGCUAUCCGCCCGUGCCCUAUGCGCUGCUUAUUGAAGGUUUAGUCGCUGCCGUUCGCAGUACAGAUUCAGGCCGAGUCCACUGCGCCAUUCUCAAGCUGGUGAACUCCCUCUUCCGAGAUGGAGAUGGUAAAGUCCACAGUCUGAUUAUUGAGGAAGACUGGGCGGAUCUGUUGGACGUCGCAAUCGAGUGUUCAAAGAAGGCAUCCCCUAACAUGGUCACUGGCAUCGGAUUGAUUGCUCCGGAGACGGAACCUGACCGACCAGAUGAAGCCAUUGGGCUCGAGCUUCUGAAGCUUAUCGCGCGCCUAGAGGAUCUGGCCAGCAUGAGGACGGGCGAAAUCGUAUCGCGACAGAUCAUCAUUAAAUUCUUCAUCAGCAUUCACGCUCGUCUUCCGGACUCAGCGGCACGAGUUGUUCUCACCUACUUUCAGGAGUUCCGAUGCUGCUCCCCAUCAGACCUGCAAUGGGAAGAAAAUCUGUCGCUGGUCCUCAAAGAAUUUUAUGCCAACAGGAACCGUACCUCUCAAACCCGUCUUCUGGCACUUCAAGCUGUGACGGAGGCGUACGACAUGAUGGAUCUCAUCGGAGAAGGGCUCGGCGAUGACGUUGUCCCCAACUUGAUCAAGGACCUCCUCAGCAAUAUAGCUGAUGAGACCAAUCUGCUAGUUCUUGAGUCUGUUGUCUCUUUCAUGGUGUCUGUUGCUGUCUCCUCCGACAGAGAACUUUUCGACUACAUAACAGACACUUUGAGGACAAUUGUUGUCAAUGAGCGUCUCUUGUCGCCGAUACCAUCAUCCACAACGUCUCGACCUACAACGCCGGUCAUGAACGAAGCGACAGCCCCUCAAAAAAGCCACACAGCUUCAGGAGUUGUGACAAGAGGCUACGUCAAGCUAUUUAUGCGCUGCAUGAACCUCGACGGUGCGAAGAGUUUGAAGCUUUUCGAUACACUAGUCAAUACGGCGAAGACGAGCUCUUGCAAAACCGACGCUCGGCUCGUGGCGAUGAAACUCCUCUUCCGCCUUCGAGCAGACUGGGCCAACCGAGUCUUCUUGAUCCAGGAUACAGAAUCCGAUGGUUUGGCAGCGACCCUUCAACACACCGGUCCACUUCGAGCUCGGAAGCACGACGAGGAUCACGCUCAAGCUGCUAGAUCCAGAGCGGAACAUGGCGCCGUCACUAGAGCUACGAGGGGGAUUUCUUUUAGCAGCUCUUCGACCCAAGAUAGAGCGUUUCCGAUUCGUUCUGCUAGCGGCGCAAAGCAAAUUCACCCGUACAGACAACUUUGGGCAUUGCCUGAUUCCGAAGCUCUGCCAGAGUCUCCAUCGGCCAUCGCAAGCCCGAUACUGGUCUCGCACGUCGAAGAAUCAGACAUCGCAAUCCCAGAAUCCACCGAUGUGGAACCUAGACAUAUUGCCCUGAACAUGGAGGCUUGGCUUGACGCAAUAGUCCACAUCGUUGAGAAUGGAAGCGACUGGGAGGUUUAUAGCAUGGUGCUGGUGCAUCUACCCUCACAACUGACCAAUCACGCCAUCUUCAGAGGCGCAGUGCCGCAGAUCAAAGAACUUCGACGGGUGGUCUGCGAACAGAUUCGGACGAACAACUUUCAAGAGCCGCCCAACUGCACGAGCUUGCGGCGCGCCGACGUCGCCAUCUGUCUUUUCCACAGUCUGACCAUGAUAUUAAGUUAUCAUGAGUUCUUCCUGAAGGACCAAGAAGAUGAAAUUGUACAAGCGUUCGUCAAGGGCAUUUCGACUUGGGAGCGAUGCGCCAAAUAUUGCAUUCACGCAUUGUCCAUCUGCUGCCACGAAUUGCCUCUGUCCACCAGCAAAACACUGGUGCAGAUGUUGCAGAAGAUGGCGCAAAUCAUUACGCAACCGCAUGUUGCUAUGCACAUCUUGGAAUUUCUUGCGUGUUUGAGCAGAAUGCCCAACAUGUACGUCAAUUUCAGAGAAGACGAGUACCGCAUUGUUUUCGGAAUCUGCGUUAGAUAUCUUCAGUACGUCCGAGAUAAAAAGCAAACGCAACGAGGCAGUCUCCACAGCGAAGCGGCAACGCCGACUAGCACGACAGCACCGGAGAUUCUCCAUCCCAACGCGGCUGACGACCUUCCUCAGUACGUGUAUGCUUUAGCAUAUCAUGUCAUCACGUUUUGGUUCUUGGCGCUAAAACUGCCGGAUCGUGCUAAUCACGUCGGUUGGAUUGCUAAGAAUCUGCUUUCUGACGUCGACGGCGGACAAAACCCUGAAGAGCAAGCAUUGGUCACCCUCGACUUUAUGCAGAGAGUGGCCUACGCUGACGCUGACGAGUCUUCCGAAGAUCUCCUUUUUACUAAAGAGCGAUUUGGUGAAAUUCUGAAGCGUAGGUGGGUGAUGGGCAACAGUAUCGUGACCAUUGAACAGUCGACAACCACAGGCUGGUCUCAGAUCACCAAGCGUCAACCUUCCGGAACAUCGUCUUACAUUGUGCACGAGAACUUCCGACCGCGUCCAGCCCAUCAAGCACAAUACAUAUCUGACUUUGCAAGAGAUGGACAACCGACGAACAACAACAUACUGCCUAGCCACAUCAUGGUUCAGCUGAUGACUUCCACCCCACAAACUACAGACGGCGCACGCCCGGUCCCCCUCCCGGACGACGAAGCAGUCCAGCGAGCUGUGAGGGUCUUUGACCGCAACUCAACAGUAGAUGGGCACAAGGUCGGAGUGAUUUACAUCGGCGAAGGCCAAACACAAGAAGCCGAGAUCCUUGCCAACGUAUCAGGCAGCAGCGACUACGUGACGUUCCUUAACGGACUGGGCACUCUAACGAAGUUGAAGGGCUCCAAAUUCAAUACACAGGGCCUCGACAGAGAAUACGACAGCGACGGCGAGUACACCUUCUGCUGGCGCGACCGAGUCACCGAGAUCGUAUUCCAUGUCACCACGCAAAUGCCUACGAAUCUGGAGCGAGACCCACACUGCAUCAACAAGAAGCGACAUAUUGGCAAUGACUUUGUCAACAUCAUCUUCAACGAUUCGGGUAUGCCUUUCAAGUUCGAUACCUUUCCGAGUGAAUUCAAUUACGUCAACAUCGUCAUCACUCCCGAAUCGCGAGCAGGCUUCCUCGCCAUGAGAGAGAACCCGCCAAGCGAGAAGCACCCGCCCUUCUACAAAGUGCAGGUCAUGAGCAAGCCAGGCUUCCCUGAGAUCUCGCCCGCAUCCGAGACAAAGAUGGUCAGUCUGAGAGCACUCCCCGGGUUCAUUCGUCUGUUAGCGCUCAAUGCUUCCGUCUUUUGCCUCGUAUGGGCAAAUCGCGAGGUUGGCGAGCACAUCAGCUCUUGGCGCAACCGACUUAGGGAAAUCAAGCGGCUCCGUGAAAAAUUCGGUCCAAAGAACGCAUCAGUCACGAGCCAUCCGUCACAUCCUCACUUUGGCCACAUGAAUAACGCUUCGACCCCAUCACCACCACCUACCUCACUCGGCGGCGCUGUGGUUGGCCCCAAUCCCCAUGGAAUUGACGCCAAAUCAGCCAGCAUGCGCGACAGCUUCAGCAGUCUCCGCCGAUCGUCUGUGGCAACUUUUUUCACAAGCACGAGCGAACAGACCAGCCAUCGUAGCUCGAUGCUGUCGACCACCACCAACGACACCGAGAUCGUCCCCGGUAACGGACUCGACUCGUUGGUCGAAUCGGUCGACUUUUCCAAAUGGGCGUAA